AUCUUUGCCUGUGAGCAUUUCUAAAGUCGAAAAGCUGGUGUAAAUGAUUGCACGAGAUGCUCAUAGUUUCAACUGCCUUUUUAUAAUAUCAGCCAACCACUUUUAAUCACAUUUCUCCAUCCUUCAUCUUUCUCUUUUCCUUCUAUGUGCAUUCUACUACUUCAACGAAACUACCGGUUGUGUUUAUGGAGGAAAAUAGUGUGUUUAUGGAAGAAAAUAGUGAACAAGGGAUCGAUGUCAAUCGCCCGAGAAAGCUGAACUUAAACCUGCCUCUCUUAUCGACUAGGCGGCUGGGUGGCCACGCCGGUAAGGAAGAAACCUGUUACGCAACAAAGUCACAGGCUGCUUUACAGGAUACGAGUGAUAGGAUCCCAUUUUGUUGGGAACAAGCUCCUGGCAAGCCCAAGGACGGGGAUAGUUAUGACAUCCAUGAAGCAGGAACUCCUCAGCCGAGGCUCCCACCAUGCAGAUGGCAUCUACAAAAUGAAGCAGCAAAAAAUGGCGACCCCAAUUGUUUCGUCAGCCUGGAUGAUCAUGAUGAUGGUUGUGAUGCUGAUGCUGAUGACGAUGAUGAUGGCGAAGAGAUUGACGUGUUUUCAGAUGCCAUAGAUGUUUUGUCAUUGACAGAAGCAAUAGACAUUGCCCAGAAAUCCAACGAUGGUCACAGACUAGACAGGCUAAAUUUAGAGAGUGUGAACGCAACUGAUAGCCAGUCUCUAAAUUUCAUGAUGGAGCGGUUUCUGCCGGAUGCCACUGCAUUAGCUGCAUCAUCUACACUUUGCGCGUUCAGUAAUCUCAACAAGAAGCUCCCAUAUCCAUACAAUUAUUCAGAGGAGUACGUCUCAAGAACAGUAGGGCAAUCACAUCCAUCAGAGGCUUCACAUAAAGGUUGUGGCCUGGAACUCCUGUUCCCUUGGCGCUUGAAGCACAAGCUCUGUGGUGUAAAGAGUCCUGCGAGACAAGUCUCACCAAAUGUCCAGCCUCAGUACUGUUCUACAAAACAAAAGAAACUCUGUUCACUUAAUAGGCCUUUGAGAGAUCUACAUAAAGAUAUUUGAUGUAUAUGUAGCUACAGAUUUUCAUUACUCUUAUGUUUCCAUAAAUGGUGUCAUGAUUGGUAGCCUGGAUUUCCCCCACAAA